AUGGCCCGUAUCAAGAGCACCCCCGUGAAGAACCGAGAACCUACUGUUUCUUAUAUCAAUAGUAGUUUUUUCGACAAACUGGACCCACCGAUCACUCGCAGGCUCCAUCAGAGAGUUCCAAUGACAGGAAAUAAAAAUCUCACGCGUGUUGACGUCCUACGAGAAGCCGUCAAGUUGAUCCAAGACGAGACCGAAGCGCUGGAAGCGCUCAAUUGCCGCCAAGCCGUAAACGAGAUUGCGAAAAUGUUUAACCUUGGAUCCGCGGAACUCUGGUACUAUUACUCUUAUGGGGAGGAAGAGGCGGAACGUCUCUUCAACAUCUCAUCGUGUCCAGCUCCCGAAAUGUGCCAACCGGAGGUUGAAACACAAGAAACCCACAAGGCGGAAGAGUGGUGA